UCCCUGGAAGCCACUCACAGCGACACACCGCCGCACAUCUGAGGAGGAAGAGAUGGCCACGCAAAAUAACUUCAGUGCUGCGACUUUGUCGUUUCUGCUCAUAUUCGUGUGGAAUGCCGCGUUAGUCCCGGUUGAUGCAGCUGCUGGCGGGACGAAGACGGUGGAGUUCAACGUUAAACCGGGAGGAGUGGUGCACACGUUCACUGAGGGGAUUAGGGAGUAUGAGUGCUCAUUCACUUAUGCUUCACAAGGGGGAACCAACGAGCAAUGGCUGAUGAGUGUGGGUCUGAGUGACGACGACAAAUUGUUUUCCUGCUCCGUGUGGCGGCCCCAGGGGAAAUCCUACUUGUUUUUCACUCAGUUCAAAGCUGAACUGAAAGGAACCAAAAUUCAAUAUGCUAAUGCUUAUUCUCAGACGGCGGCUGCAGGACAAAGUGACAUGCCUUUGAAGCCGGAGGAAUUUACCGUAGGAGACUCAACAGUGACCCACACAGAUGGAAAAUUCAGCGCUCAACUCUCCAAACUGACCGCCAUCGGACGAACAGGACACGAUGAGCUGUAAUUGGUGUCUGAUUUUGGCUUUCAUGUGUAGAGCUGUGAGUCGGGCCUCUUGUGUUUCAGCUCAGUAGUCAAUGAAGGAAACAACCAAAACCUGAAGUGGGAUGAUGCUGAUACUGUGUCAGUAAAUGAAUUACCUGGUAUGUUAUGACAGUGGAUUUGAAAAUGCUGCUUUGGACUAAAACCAGCUUCCACCAUCAGUUUAGUAUUCACAUUCUUUUUUUUUUUACUCAACGUCCUAGUUUAAAUUCUGCCAUAAGAUAAAGUGCUUCCAUAGUUAUUUCUUAGUUUCUGAAGCUGUAAGAUUUACAGAGAGUAAAUCUGUUCUGAUUCACUGGGGACAUGUCUGAAUGUAUAGAGGGUUGGUGUGUGGGGCUUGUUGAGUAUAGAUAGCACAUUUAGAGUAGGGAGGGAUUUAUUUGUCUCGUGUAAUCCUGAGAGGAAAAGGGAAUAAUCUCCAAUAGCGUCAUCACGCUCUCAUAAACAAUUACAUUUUCCUCAAUCUUGUUCUGUUCUGAGCUGAGCUCCUCGCUCUCGCUUUCUGUUUAUGUUUAUCCGUUUAGAUAACUGUAACCACACAUUUGAUCCCCUAAAUCACCAAUCGGUACCACUUGUGAUCACUUUUUGUUAUGUUUGUGCUUUUGGCCAGAAGGGGUAUACUUGUAAUAGAGCAGACGGUAAGAGAAAGAUGUACUGAACACACUGAAGAUCAGUCCUUUUUGGAGAUAAAUCUUCAACAGUGUCGGUGUGAUGUAAGUAAUUAGUUUAAAGAAUAAUUAUUUUGUUUGAAAAUACCUUGAUCUUGAUCAUUUUAAUUAGACACCUGCAGCAGAAGAUGCAACCAUUUCUCUAUUUUUUAAUUUCAGGAUAUUUCAAUGACUUCUCACUUACACUGUUGGAGAUUCAACCCAAAGGAACUAAGAUGUAAGGUGGAUCAUAGUGUAUAUAUGGAGAAGAAAUGUCAUCACAUAAUCCUGAUCCCCUUUUGAACCGUCUGCUUUCAUCCUUCACUGUAACGUGUGUGGAUCAGCGAGGGUAUUGUGCAGCUUUCUGAAGUACAUGCUCCCUUAUGUAGCGAGCAGACUCGCCUUUAUCUCCCUUACAUUGAUCCAAUCUUCUAAGAUCCACACAAGUGUCCGCAAGAUGAGUUCUGGGGAUUGAUUUCAGAUUUGAGGAUUGUGCUGAUUUGAUUCUGCGGUCGGAUUACUCGCUGAGAUUCGUACCUUGUUUGGUCGGGGUUCGGAUCCUCUGGAGUUGAGGAAACGCUCAGCUUGGGACGUUUGUGUGUCCCUGUGUCACCACCGUUGAGGCUCCCUCUGGGGUCGCAACAGGAAGCAACCACGUCCGGAUGCUGUUCCAGAAUAGAAAAAAACGAAACGACGUUGCUUAUUUUGUACAUGGUUUUUCUUUUCUUUUCUACUUCUUGUUUGUUCUGAUUCAUGAUGAAAUGUGAUGGAUGUUUGAAUAAAGACAUGUUGUCACUGUGCUGGAGAUAAUUCAAUGUUUUGUGUCUUGUUAUGUCAGUCAUGAUCUGAUUGAACCUCCCACAGCCUCGUGAAAAGGAUAAACAUGAAACGAGAGAAGACAUUUGAGUGCCAGCGUAGAGGCAUUAAAUAUUCUUAGCACUGUCAGAGCCGGGCCACCGUGAACAUGGCGGAGAGCGUUUUUA